AUGAAGUCUAAUGCGGUUGUUUUUGUUUACUUGCAGGAAAUGGUUUACAUUGCAUCUGUUUAUGGAGAAUGGGUGAUAAAGGACAAUUUGUCUUGGCAUUUUGAGGUUGAUUAUCGGAAAGGAGGUAGAAUGUUCUCGUUGAGGGAUGGAUGUACACAUGAUGAGCUUAUUCAAAUGGCUUUAGAGGAUUAUUCGCUAACCAAGAUCGGACACCGUUUGGAAAUAUCAUAUCCAUUACCAGAAGUGUUCACUCAGCAAACGUGUAAUGAUUCUCCGCCCAUGUUUGUCACAAACGACAGACAAGUCGAAAGCUUGAUCGAGCUAAGUAGAAAUCAUGGUGUACGACUUUGUGUCUCUAGCAAAGGGAAGGAUGAAGACAACGUAGAUGGACCUUUGGAUGAAGACUUAGAUGAAAAUCUGGAUGAUGAGUUGAAGGAAGAGUUCGAUGAAGAGUUGGAUGAAGAUUGGAGCGCAGAACGAGAAGAAGUGUCUGAAGAGUCGGGUUGUGAUGAGGAUGAUGUAAGGGAAAAAGCUUAUGAAGGCGAUGAUGACACACACGCGGACUACAGUCAGUAUGGGAAAAUUAAAGAUGAAGACGUUGUCAUUGAUGUUCCUUUCGAUGAUCCCCGCCUUUUAGGGCGUGGUGUGGGUCAUCGUAUAGGAAUUGAUAAUUGGGAAGACAAUAUUUACGAGCACCAGAGCUUUGAUACCAAGGCCCAACUUAUCUCUGAGUUGCGUUUGACCGCGGUGAUGACAAGAUUCUCAUUCAGGAUAGCUGCGUCUACAAGAAAAGUGUUUGUGGCCAAAUGCAAAGUCGCUGGAUGCAAAUGGAGGCUUAGAGCGGCCGUAAAGAACGAACCCUCCACGUUUUGGGUGACAAAGUACGUGAAGUCGCAUACAUGUUCUGUUUCUGAUCGAGUACGUAACCAUAAACGUUGUACAACGAAGUAUAUUGGAAAGCUUUUUCUUGAUCGGACAGGGCUCAUUGAAGGAAUUGUGCCGCAACACAUAAGAGACUCUAUGAGGAGGAUGUUUGGAAUGAAGCUCGACUAUACGGCUUCAUAUAGAGCUUUGAAACAUGCCCAAGACUUGGUGUGGGGAACAGCUGAAGAAGGAUACGCGAAUCUGCCUUCUUACUUGCAAAGAAUCAAGGAUGCAAAUCCGGGAACUGUGACUGACCUUGUCUGUGACUCACAGGACCGUUUUAAGUACUGCUUUCUAUCACUCGCCGGUUCUAUAUCUGGUUUUCAGUAUUUGAGGAGAGUGAUUGUGGUUGAUGGGACUCAUCUUACUGGGAAAUACGGAGGAGCUCUACUCGUGGCUGCCGGACAAGACGCCAACUUUCAAAUAUUCCCGCUAGCUUUCGCAGUGGUCGAUGCUGAGGAUAGUGAAUCAUGGGAAUGGUUUUUCAACAAGCUUAGAGAUUGUUUCAGGCAAUUUCCGCCAAUGGCGAUAGUCUCUGACCGUGCCGCUGCCAUAGCUAGAGCAUUGGAAUCGUUAUGCCCUGGGCAUCAAGAGGAAUAUGCUACUAUCACCUCCAAGGUAAUAUAG